AUGGCGUCGUCGAAGCUCUGUGCCUCCCGUACGGAGCUUAAAGUGCUGGGGCCGAGGCCGGCGACUCUUACCGGUCGUGCGGUCCGCAGCUCCCGCGUGCAGAUCAUCCGACGGCGUUCGUCCACAGUUCUCUGCUCUGUCGCCCCCAAGUAUUGCUAUUCCUUUAAUCUUAUCCAUGUAUUUAUCAUUUGAGCCUUCUUCAGAGUGUCUCACGUACUCCGAUCAAUGGCAGCCAAGUGGAAUCGCCGGCCGCUCAGACCUUUGUAGCUGAUGUGCCGAAGAAGACUGAAUGCUUCGGUGUUUUCUGCACGACUUACGACCUCAAAGCGGUAGACGUGUUUUCUUGGACCUUAUUUCUGUUGAACUGUGAGAUUGCUGCGGUAUGGAUGGGGGUGGGAGGGAAGGAGAAUCGUGACCGGUGCACUGAAAAAACAAGGAGCCGAAAAUAUCCUUUCUUCACAUCAUAAGUGUCCGGUUCUCAAAAUCUGCACAGGAUUACGGUGGCAGAAACAGCGACCAUCACCGGUUAAAUUCUCUGGACCAUACAUAAUGUGCUUCCAUGAAUCGAAACAAAUCCUUGGUUUUGUUUGGUAAGAGGCAUAACCAUAGGUAGCCUGUGCAUAGCUCAGGACACACCAAAGUCCUUGGGAUUCAAGUGAUUCUAAAAUUAUUUUUUUCCAGGUUUAUUAUCAUGAAUUCAUGCUUAAGGUUUCUAUUGCUUCAAUUCAAGGUCCACUUCCUAAUGACCCCCCCCCAAAAGAAUUUGAAUAUCAAAUUGCGGGGACUAGAAAAUUAAUCUAUCUCUUUGAACAUGAAUAAGCUUAUAGAUCUUAGAUGAAAAAUCAUUUAUGUUAUGAAGUACAUAUUCUUUUAUCAUGAAAUUUCUUUUUCCUCAUUCAUCGAUUUCUUUUUGUUUUUUGUUGCAUUUUAUAGGAAGAGGAAACCAAAUCAUGGAAAAGCUUAAUCAAUAUUUCAGUGUCAGGAGCUGCUGGAAUGAUAUCCAACCAUCUACUUUUCAAAGUAAUGGGAUUUUUCAUUGAUUUCAUACACGUCAAUUCAUUUUCUAACUAAGAACAGGAAAUGAAAUAUCGUUUCUACCCUUCAUAUAUGUUAUUUUGGAAUAUCUUAUCUUUCUCUGAAUAUGUGAAGUACUUGAUUUAUGGAGUUUGCGGUUCCAGGAACGUAUUCCCAGUUAGUUCUUUCCUACUUGUUUCCUGGAAUUUUUCCUUCAACAAUUUUUCUUUUAACAAAGAUACAGAAGCCCCACACGCCUGGUAACAAUGGACAUUUUGUGUCCAACUGGAAUUGGGCUCUAUGACUUAUCAAUUGACGGGAAUUGAUAUUUUUAAGAUACAUGUGGAUUGAAGUGCGAUAAUCUAGGCAUUAUAAGUGAAUAUCUGAUAUUUUCAUUCGUCAUAAACAUGUUUUAUUUAUACACAAUCAUAGUAUUUUGGUAAGCAUAUGCCAUAAAAAGUUGCUUUUCAUAGUGAUGCUUUGAGGGUUAUGGUAGUAAUAAUAUGACAUCAUGUACUUGACUGCCAGCUUGGUUGGAUGGCCAGCUGGUCGGGGGCAAAUGACAACACUUUGGUGAUGCCAUUGUAAUAAUAUGACGCUGGUUUUGUGGAACUCAUGCGUGCAGCAAGUAGCAAACAAAAUUUGCAGUUCAUCAGUAAAUGUCAUCUGUGAGAGAAAGAACGUCUUAACGUAGUUAUUUCACAAAAUUACAUCGUCAAAUGUUUGCUUUAUUGUAAAAUAUUGAAAAUAGAUCGAGAUCUCAGCUCCAAAAACUGUUGUAAUGAAAAAUGAAUUAGUACGCAGAUAUUAAACAGGGAAAAAAAUAUAAUUAAGAAUAAAAAAUAUUAUGAAUGAGACAGAUUUCUUUUCUUCGGCUCACUGCAGUGAUAUCAUAAUUGGGGUUUUAUCUGUGAAUUCACUUCCCUUAUCUUUAUUGUAUAUAGUCAUAAUAAUUCACCAUUAGUAAAUAGCAUAUAGCAUGUGUAUAACCACAUGCGCUGCACAAUCUUCAGGACAAAUUUCAAUGAAGGUUUAUCAUGCAAUUUUCGUAUUUCAGCUUGCAUCUGGUGAAGUUUUUGGACUAGAUCAACCCAUUGCCUUGAAGCUAUUGGGUUCUGAGAGGUCAAUUCAAGCUCUUGAAGGUAAGAUCUUUUGGUUUUUAUUCUAGGUUAGCUGGCGCCAUUUCACUUUAAAACCCGAUACUCAUAUUAUUGGACAUUCGUUUAAUUUUUUAAGCAAAAGUGCUAAAAACUUGCACUACGAUGGGCUCGCUAAAAAGAAAACUUAAUCAGUAGAUCCUCUGGUAGAUAUAGGCAAAGUAUUUGAGCGGACAGAUGAUAGACAAAGCUAGAAAUAUCAAAUUGCUAUAAAUAAUAGGACUUUUCUCCAAUAAAACGUCUACUUACUCAUCUUCAAGGUGAAUCAUCUCACGCAUGUACAGCCGAUCGAGUCUGGAUUGGAAUAUUUUUUAGAUCGUCUAUAUUGGGUGUAUUUUUUUGGCAAUCUACAUUAUUUUUCAUGAAUAGUUGUCCUAUAGACCUAAAAAUAAAUCAAUAUAUGAAUUGUGUCUGCACUUAUCUGAUUUGGCUCUUAUCUUGCGAGUUUCUUAUGAUAUGGAAAACUAAAAUUUAGUUCAUUAUACCCUCUAAAAUGAACCGAUCCUCAGUUUUAAUUACUUAUAGUCAUGGUUGUAAACUUUCGAGAGAAAAAUAAGAUUGGGUUCAUCAUUGAAUUAGUAUUUUUAACAUGUAGACCAACAUUGGACCACAAUAUGAGCGAGUACUGGAUUUAUCUGCAUCUUUUGAUUUCAAGCCCGAAAAUUUUAUCUGCUUAUUACUCUCUCUGGAAUGUUGGCUUUGAUAUACUCAGGGGUAGCCAUGGAGCUGGAAGAUUCUCUAUAUCCUUUAUUGAGGGAAGUAAGCAUAGGAAUCGAUCCCUAUGAGGUGUUUCAGGAUGCAGAAUGGGCGCUUCUGAUUGGAGCUAAACCUCGAGGACCUGGUAUGGAGCGUGCUGGUCUAUUAGAUAUCAAUGGGCAGAUUUUUGCUGAACAGGUGAACAUUCUCAGUCAUGAUACGUCACAGGUUAACUAUUUAUCUCCUUCAUAUAGUUUUUAUCAUUUUUGUAAAAUAAGAUUUGAUGGUAAAUGAUCUCAAGGGUAAAGCACUGAAUGCUGUCGCAUCACGCAAUGUUAAAGUGAUUGUGGUGGGAAAUCCCUGCAACACGAAGUGAGGACCAGUUCUCAGAUGUGCCGCCUUAUAUGUGCGUUUGAGUGUCUUCUAUCAUGUCUGACACCAAACGUCUUCCUUUUUUUUUUCCCUUUCUAGUGCGCUAAUUUGCCUGAAGAAUGCACCAAACAUACCCCCGAAAAACUUCCAUGCAUUGACAAGGCUGGACGAAAAUAGGGCGAAAUGUCAGGUAACAUCUCAUUUCUAAGCGUUCAGGGGCACCUAUUCAGGUUCUAUAACUUAUUUAUAUCCAACUCCUUGGCUAUCUUCUCUCUUGCAGCUAGCCCUGAAGGCGGGCGUGUUCUAUGACAAGGUUUCAAAUAUGACUAUAUGGGGAAACCAUUCAACAACCCAGGUAAUUUAGUUAUUUUUUUAUUUUUUUAAAAGCCAUUUUGAUGGACCCACUAGCAGGAUGUCCCCAGUUGCAUUCUAUUAUUAUUCACGGGUUGGACAGAUCUUCUUUUGUUUCAACAUCCCAGGAAAGUUAAUAUCUAAAUAGGGAUAAUUUUAUAAUCCCACCGCUAUUAGCAUUACUUUUUCCGGUUCAAGUUAGUAGCAGGAUGCCACCAUCUGUCUCCUAUAAUGGCGUGGGGUUGACGAAUGGGUUUAGAGUGACCAGCCAAUUCUUGGGUUUUGAGUAGAACUUUUAUUUCAACAGGUUCCUGAUUUCCUAAACGCAAGGAUCGAUGGCCGACCUGUGAAGGAGGUCAUCACUGACUCCAAAUGGUUGGAGGAGGAGUUCACCGAGAGGGUCCAGAAGGUAACGACUGGAGAGAGAACCAGCCUAAGGAAGAUUCAAGAACUGCUAAUCUCAAUCUAUCACCCUUUGAUGGAAUUUUCUAAUAUCGAUGAAAUUCAGCGCGGCGGAGUCCUGAUCCAAAAGUGGGGGAGGUCGUCGGCCGCCUCCACCGCUGUCUCCAUCGUCGACGCGAUGAGGUCCCUCGUCACUCCCACUCCAGAGGGUGACUGGUUCUCCUCGGGGGUAUGCUACAGAGAACCCGGCAUCACGGAUCUUUCCUACCAUUCCAUCAUCAUCAUCAAGCUCUGAGGUUUAGCUGAGAGGUUGUCGCAUCUGCAGGUUUAUACCAAUGGGAACCCGUACGGCAUCGCCGAGGACAUCGUGUUCAGCAUGCCGUGCCGAUCACGGGUCAGUGAGAGUCUUAAAAAACUGCCCAUUUUGUUUGUUCUUCUGAUUUCCUCUCAAGAUCCCUCCCCUCUCUCUUCUCAGGGAGACGGCGACUAUGAGCUGGCCAAGGACGUCCUGAUCGACGAUUUCCUGAGAGCGCGCCUGAAGAAGGUAUCCUCCGGCACGUUUUGAUCGGUUAACACCCAUCAGCGUUGACCGGCCACUAAAAUCUCGCCAUUUUUCUCGGCAGACCGAGGCGGAGCUGCUCGCUGAGAAGAGAUGCGUGGCUCACCUCACUGGGGAGGUGAGAAACUCCUGGCUCCCAGUUCUCUUCCAUCAUCUGACACCUGACUAACAAUGAUGGGCCCUUCCUCCUCCUCCUUCCCCCCAGGGCAACGCCUUCUGUGAUCUCCCCGAGGACACAAUGCUCCCUGGGGAGCAGUGA